GCAACCAACAGGCAGAGCAUAAAUCAGUAAUCAUCAUAUCAGUAUGGUUGUGUUAUUAAUUAGAUAUUACAUAUACUGUUUGUUAACCUAAUGAAGGCAAGUAAAAUUCAACCAUGACAGACCAAAAAAACAUACAUCAAGCAAUGGACAAAUUUGCCUAUGAAAUCAUCAGACUAGAAAUGAAUGGCAGAUUGGAUAGAAUUUCAUCAUCUAGGAUCACCCAUAAAGUGUUUGAACAAUUAUCAAUAUGGCUUGAUUGGCCAUGGCAUGUGGACUUAGUUGGAAGUAAACAAGAAGGUUUUCCUAUUUCGGCCACAAGUGAUGGGGACGCGAUGGUAUGUAUUAAAGCAUUCCCAAUAGUAUUGUGGAAAUCUCAAGAAAAAGAAAAUACAUACGUAAUUGCUGAGCAAGAUCCAAAUCAGCAUGUGUAUCUGAGGCUUAAGGUAGUUGACAGAGGAUGUCUGGAUAAGGAUUUCAUUAGUAUAAUUAAUAAGGAUGGAUAUUUGAAAACCAGCGAUUUCAUAAAAGUUAAUUAUCCAUAUGAACCUUUGAAUAAAGGGGAGGACUAUAAUAUUGAGAUGAGACAUGGCCCCUCAAUAGCAGGAGAAUACAAUUCUGAAUUUCUGGAUCUUUCAACAUGUCCCACAGACACAGUACCUUGCUUGAAAUGUCAAUCAUGGCCUCCUUUCACAAGCAACUUUUUUACCAGAAUAAGGCAGGUCAACUGGCCAUCACAGAAGUUGUUAGACAAGGUCAAAGGUCUAGAAUGUCAUGUAGUUCCUGUUGGGUAUCCAGGUAGCAAGUCAGAUGAUAUUGAAUGGAGGUUGUCAUUUAGCAUAGCUGAGAGAGAGCUGGUUACUGAAAUGUUUGAGCCACAUGCUAAUUGCAUGCUUGCCCUGAAAUUAAUUAAGAAAAAGUACAUCGUAUACAGUGAUGCAGAAAAACCAACACCAUUCUGCUCAUAUUUCAUAAAGACCGCUUGCUUGUGGAUGUGUGAAACAUUUUCACACAUAGAUUACAGUGUCAUGGAUUUAAUUAGAAAAGUUCUAGAUUGGCUCAUUGACUGCUACCAACAAAAAGAUCUACCGCAUUAUUUUAUUCCCCAACAUAACUUGAUCGGUCAUCUGUCAAGAGAAUGUUGUGAUAACGUAAAAGAAAAAUUGACAGCAGUUAAGAGAAAUCUUUGGACGAAAGUGUUAGGAAGUGUUUAUGGUGGUAUUCAUGGGCACGUGGCAUUAAAAUGCAUGUGUGAUGCAUUCAAGAUUACAAUAGACAAUGGAGAUGUAGCACUGGAGAGCAAACUCUUAAUCUACUCAAAGGCUAUAGAGGUAAUUAUUGAAUACAUAUGUUCGUAUUUACACUCAUCCCUUUGUUCACAAGUGAAUUACGAAUUACAAGGUUACAACCAUCCUUAUAUAACUAAUUUCCUUUUGAACUUCAUGACUUGGAAUCCUUUGAUAACUCUCAGUAUUCCAGAAAGAGUCAUAUUACCAAUUAUUGAGCAUAUUGAAGAAAUAUUGCCGAAAGGAUAUGGGGAAAUGUUCAAGACAAGUUUGUAUAGAUACUUAGGCGAUAUUUAUGCUCAUUUAUUGGUAAGCUUAAGAAACAGUGACGAUGAAGCUCCAGCUCGAUCACUCUAUCAGACUAAGCUAUUGCAUUACUAUAACCUAGGAAGUGAAAUGGUUUUUCCUGACAAUUGCAGUGACUAUGGUAUAGGUGGUCGAGUCCUUGUAAUACAAUAUCACUAUAUAAUGGAGAAAUACAAAGAAUUGAAGCAGAUGUGUGACUCUAUACUACUGGAUUCUUGUCUCAUAGAAAACAACUGUAGGCUUAGUAGUCGAAUUAUUUUACAGGUAGAUUCACCACGCCCUUCUAGGUCAAGCCCGUUUAGUGGCUGGGCUGUUGAUGAAAUUUUCCUUUACUGUGUCAAAUGUUCCAAUAAAAUGACACUUGUUUGUCAUCCAAUCAUGAUUGUUCUUUAUAUUAAAGCCAGGGUAUUACUUACUGAGGGAGACAUAGCGAAUACAUUGAAUCUUGUGACACAUAUUAAGGAAUGUAAGGAUAAGAUGCAAUAUUUUUAUCAUGAGACCACCAACAUGUUUAUAACAAUCAUUGAAAGUCUAGUAGGCCUUCUUGGUAUAUUGAGAAUAAUAUGUGUCAAAGACAAGCCAAAGCAGUUACUCGUCGCAAAAAAUAGAUUUUUAGUUAUUAAUACAGUGUUCAACAGUAAAAGGAGAGAUAUAAAAUGGUAGAGAAGAAUCAUUAAAAUCCGAAAUUUUGUUAUGAAGUUAAAGUAAUUUAAAUACACAGGUGUUAAAAGAACAAUAUUUGAGAAAUCAGCCUUUUAAGUAUAUGAUUUCAGGAAUUUCCAAAUCGAUAAAAAUUGUUGUUUUAACAUUGAAAAUGGAGAAAAUGACAGCAUAGCAUGAUUAUUAAUAUAUAGAUAGGGUUAGUUUAGCGCAAGAUUUUAAAAAAGUUGACAUUCCAGCAUGUUUUGGCCAUUUUCUCUAAAACAGAAUUUGCGACGAGUGACUGGUUUUGCUUGUCUUUGCCACAUUUACUUUUUGAAUUUCCAAACAGCUCCAACAGCAUUUAGAUUAGAAAGGUCCUUCCACUGCUGUAAAUCCCAGACUUAACAGCAAGAUUUUGGCUGUCGAGAUCCAGGCCUAGCAAUGGAUAGAAGAUAUGCCUAUUCUGAAAACACCAGAAGCGGGACAUACUGUAACUCCGGCAUUAAAUUAACAAAGAUAGAAUGUAAAAUGCAGACAUAAUGUACACAUAGGGACUAGCCUAAAACAUAAAGAGGUGUAAAUUUAUAAAUAAGUCAAUAUAAUGAAUGUAUGUGUAAUUAAUCUCAUUAAUUUACACUUACAAAAAAUCAGGCUUAUACCACAGGGGGAAAUUUGACUUGGAAUGAUUUAAAGUUAUUUGUCAUUAAAAAAAAAUUCCUGAUGUAUAAAACAUCGUAUUAAAUUAUUGCUCAGUACAGUGUAUUGUUAUACAGUAAGUAGGGUACGGACAGUGGAAUAUCUAGGCACCUCCCUCCAACAAUUACUUG